AUGGAAUCGACAGCACCAAUACCUCAAACUAAUGGCAUCUCUUAUUUCGGAACUGCGAGUUCAAUUAAGGGAAAUGAAAAAUUUCAACGCCAAAUUGAAUUCUCUCACCUUACUGCAAUCCUCGUAUCAGAUAAACGAAAACGACUUCUUAUUCAAAUAAGCCUCUUUGUUUCACUUCAAUCUGUUAAUAUCGCUUCAAUACUAUUAUCCGCACAAUCAAUGGAUACGCUAUUUAUAUCGCUGUUUGGUAAGACGUGUGGACUAGGUAUAUAUCCUCAAAGUGGUUUCUACUGUGUAGAUCAACAAGGUGAUUAUAAUAGUCCUUUCGGGACGAAUUAUAUGGUCGUAACUUUAGGAUUCUUGAUGACUCUCGUCAUGGUCGUACCUCUUGGUAUUUUCUCAUUAGCAGACAAUAUCAAAGUUCAAAUAGCUUCAUUCGUCGGAUUGAUAGCUAUACUUUCAGCCUGGUUUAUUACCUUUUUCGAACAUGGGUUAACACCAUCGUACGUUCCGGAUUUUGGGAAUGACAUGAGUCAAGUAAUUGGAACUGUUCUAUUCAAUUAUGCCUUUAUUGUAACAGUCCCUAGUUGGGUUAAUGACUUGGAUCCUAAAGUUCCUAUACAAAGAUCUGUUUUUUAUUCAAUCUUAAUUUCAACUUUAAAUUAUGUUUCAAUUGGAAUCAUUGGUGGAAUGGCCUUUCCGAUAAAUCAAAAUUCUGAUAUUAUAUCUGUAAUUAAUCAGUCUAACGAAAGAAAUUGGUUGACUGUUUCUAGUACUUAUAUAUUUCCAGUCGCCGUAUUAAUAACAAGUAUUCCAGUUUAUACAAUUGUUAUCCGAUACAAUUUAAUUCGAUCAGGACACUGUAAAAAAGGCUUAGCAGUUUUUCUUUCUUCAGUAUUACCAUGGAUUGUUGUGUUGCCAUUUCAAACCGGCAGUUGGCUUACCGUUUUUGUAAAUUGGACAAAUUUAUUCUUCUCAAGCAUUAGUAACUUUGUCGUUCCGUUUUAUCUAUAUUAUUUAAGUCAAAAACCAACUGUUGCUGUACAAGCAGAAAUAAAAUUGAAGAAAAUUGAAUCCGAUAUUAAACGACAAGCUUCAGUCAGGAGUACCAAGAGUGACAAAAGUUUUAAAAAUGUAAAAGACUGGAUAAACUCUCAAGUAAUAACUAGAGAGAGAUUACGUGAUGGAACAGAUGCUGCCGUCGGUAUCUUAUACAAUGAUGAUGAUUAUUAUAACGUUUCUACACCAGGUACUCCAAAUAGUUUAAAUCCAAAUGCCGAACACCUUCACGUACCAGGACGUAGAAUAGUAUCUGCUCCGCCUACAACUUCAAAAUCUGAUCCACAAGAAAGAGAUAAUCAUUCUCGACCCGCAUUAAGUCUCCAGAUGCCUCCUUCAAUUGUACAUCGUUCUAAUUUAAGUCGUCGUGCUUCUCCUCCAAAAGAAAAUGGUAAUAAUCAGGAUAUUAUCGUCGAAUUAGACGGUUCACAAUCACAUUCUCACACAGGUUCUGAUAAAAGUCCAAGUGAAAAAAGUGAUUCAAUAAUAUUUGAUACACCACCGGAACGGUUUAAAGCCCUUCCAUUACCAGAUAAUGUGAGAUUAUGGAUUGCUUAUAUUUGCAAUGCUGGUGCACUUUUAACUGUAAUUUCCGUCAUCCUGUAUGAUUUUGUUGAACUAGCUCUUGGUCGUAAUGUUUUUGAUUAA